CACUGUUCUGUUUUCUGUUCUGGCUGGGCAUUUGAUGUCAGACUUGCUUUCAAAGAUUACUCUACAUGCUAGCUAAGUCGUCAUUCCAUUUUCAAGAUCCGACUAGAGCGGAGCUUCUCGAUUAGUUCAAAAACCAAAAUUUCCUUGAAAAUGAACACUCUGGCUCCCGUAUUCUACAACGCAGAGUCCGUGCGACGCGUCCUCAACUGGCCAAUGGUGAACGAGGCUGUCGAGGCUGCUCUCAAAGCAGUCGUCAAGCCGAAGGCCCCUGUCGGAGAUGAGCCAAUGGAUGCGAUCGGCAGCGAGCCGCAGUCGAAUGAGAGCCGCGGCAGGUCCUACGUAAGUCAGCCAGCGCGCAACGUCACCGUGGCCAGCAAUGAUCCCAGCAAGCUGCUGCUGACCAUGCCCGCCUUUGUGGGCAACUACCAGCUGACUGGCAACGGCGCUGGCGGGGAUGCAUCCAACGUUGCCCGCUCGACGCUGGCCUGCAAGGUGGUCACAUCGUUCCGAUCGAACCGGCUGCUGCAGCCGCCGCUGCCGAGCAUCAACGCCAACAUUCUGCUCUUCAAUGCGCACACAGGCGAGCUGGAGGCUCUGAUGGCCGGCACAGACAUCACCACUUGGCGCACCGUGUCCGCCUCGCUGGUGGCCACCAAAUACCUGUACUUCCGUCGCUUCGGGCCGCGCGCCGAGCAACAGCUGGGCAUCAACGUGGCCGUCGUCGGCUGCGGCGCCCAGGGCCAGCUGCACGCCGCCGCCAUGUGCGCCAACUUCAGGGUGGACAAGCUAACCCUCUACAAUCGCACCCAAAUCCGGGCCGUGCAGCUGGCCAACGAGCUGCGCCAGCGCAUGGCCCACGACAGCGACAGCUGCUACGGCCCAAAGUUGCCCGACAUCCAGGUCUGCGGCUCAGCCGGCGAGGCGGUCGCCGAGGCCGACGUCAUCUGCAUCGCCACCUACGCCAAGGAGCCGCUGAUCCGUGCCAGCGAUCUGCGCGAGAAACGCUCCGUCCACAUCAACGCUGUGGGCGCUGGCGAGGUGCACUUUGGCGAGGUGUCCGACGAUAUCUAUCAGGAAUCUCUGGUCUAUGUGGACUGCAUGGAGAAUGCCAGGCACGAGCUGGUCGGUCUGCCAGCGCCCAUAGCCGGCGAGGUGGGCGACGUUAUAAUCAAUGGCAACUAUCCGGAUGAGCAGGCUCUAACCAUAUUCCAAUCGAUGGGCAUGGCCUCCGAGGAUGCCUGUGUGGCCGAGGCUGUGCAGACGGCGCUGUUGUCCUGCGACAAGUAAGCAGAAGGAAGGAAGGAAGGAAGGAGGGAGAGAGAAUUCGCAGUGAAAGACAAGAUGUGACAGGUGUGGACAGGACGUGGCAAUCGAAAGCCUCUGGAGGCUAACAAUCUAAAAUAGUUAAUAGUAAUAGUCAAAUCUAUAGAUAUGUUUGUAUGUAUGUAUGCAUGUAUGUAU